AGGUCUCACUCUGCUCUCUCUCUCUCCACAAUACAUUUCCUUUAUUAAUAUAAAGAAGCUAUUCUUGGAAAACUCAAACAAAACAAUCCCUUUUUAUCCUUUUUCUCAUUUCUCAUGCUUCCAUUUUGGAUUAGGGUUUCGCUGUGCUCUUCUUUCACUUUGAAGCUUAAACCCCAGUCGUCCCGAUCCUUCUCAACUAGCCGUUAGAUCCUGUUUCCCGCCAAUUUCUAUGUUAUCCCAGCCGUUGAUUCACCUUAUUUCAAAUCUUAGCAGUUAGAUCUGUCCUAUUCGGUACCAUUUUCUUUUUUCUCGUACCAUUUCAGUGGAAAUGUCGGCGGUUGAAGCGGAGAAGAAGGUCGAUGACGAGAAAAAGGGAGGGGAAGUCUUGUUUUGUGGUGCCACUUGUUGGAAUAUGAUUGGUCGCAAGAAAGGUUCUCAGGAAGGCAACUUGGUCUCUCCUACUCGUCUCCGUCCUCUCGUCGGCGUCGACAUUCGCUUUGUUGCCUCCGGCUGCGCAUCAUGUCAUUGUGUGGCCCUGGACGUGGAAGGGCGUUGCUAUACAUGGGGGCGUAAUGAGAAGGGGCAACUUGGUCAUGGAGACAGAGCUCGGCGUGAUAGACCUACAAUUGUUUCAGAACUUUCAAAUUAUAAAAUUAUUAGAGCUGGUUCGGGGAGGAGCCACACAGUGGUGGUCACAGAGGAUGGUCAAUCCCUAGCAUUUGGCUGGAAUAAACAUGGGCAGCUAGGUUCUGGUUCGGCAAAAAAUGAAAUCGAGUCAUCUCCUGUUCGCUGUCUCGUGUCUGACGUCAAGAAUACUGCUUGUGGAGCUGAUUUUACUGUCUGGUUGUCAUCUGUUGAAGGAGCUUCUAUACUAACUGCGGGCCUUCCACAGUAUGGUCAGCUUGGACAUGGAACGGACAAUGAGUACAAUACUAAAGAUAGCUCAGUCAGGCUUGCUUAUGAGGCACAGCCACGGCCUAGAGCAAUUGCUUCUCUUGCUGGGGAAACUAUUGUAAAAGUUGCGUGUGGAACUAAUCAUACAGUGGCUGUGGAUUCAAAUGGCUAUGUUUAUACGUGGGGCUUUGGUGGUUAUGGAAGGCUUGGACAUAGAGAGCAGAAGGAUGAAUGGGCUCCUCGUCGUGUGGAAGCCUUUUCGAAGCACAAUGUUCUGCCUGCUGAUGCAGUGAUUUCUGCUGGUUCUCUGAACUCUGCAUGUACUGCAGGAGGUGGACAGUUGUACAUGUGGGGCAAAAUAAAGAACACUGGUGAUGACUGGAUGUAUCCUAAACCUCUAAUGGAUUUAAGUGGUUGGAAUUUACGAUGUAUGGACUCUGGCAACAUGCACCAUUUUGUUGGUGCUGAUAACUCCUGCAUAAGUUGGGGUCAUGCUCAGUAUGGUGAACUAGGAUAUGGUCCUUCCGGACAGAAGUCUUCAGCAGUACCCAAGAAGGUAGAUAUUCUCGAGGGCAUGCAUGUUAUUGGUGUUGCAUGUGGUAUGGGACAAUCCAUGGUUAUAGUUGAUAGAACAAAUGUUGGUGAUCGGCUUGAGCAGCUGGAUAUCUAUGAUGGCAAGGCUUCUGGUGAAGGAUGUGAGGAACCAGAGAUGAAAUCUCCAGCUCCAGCUGCUAAGCAAAGUACCAGAAAAGGUGCGUCUAAAGCUUCUGACAAAUCCAAGAAAAGGAAGAAACCCAAAGAUUCAUCAGAAUCAGAAGAUGAAGGCAUCACUGAUGAUGAAAGUGAAAGUAGUGAAGAACAGGUCAAUGGCCAUAAACAGGGUAGAAAGGUUUCUGGUAGAGCUCGAGGAAAAUCAGCAGCAGAAGGGAAAGUUGGUGGGCGUGGACAGGUUCACACUUCGGUGGCAAAUAAAACUACCAAUUCUUCUCAGGUGAAAGCUGUCAAGAGAGGAAGGCCACGGAAGGCAUAAGUUGCAUACUCAGUGGGUGAAUAUGGAAAUUUUGCUGUGUAGAGAACUGUGCUAUCUAAUACAAUUGAAUACUGAAUCUGAAUUUGCGAUUCUUUCAAUUGAUCAAGCAUUUUCAAAUUGCAUUUCCCUUGGCACCUUUUUGUGUUUCCAUUUGUAAGGGAAGCAAUUUAUGUUGAUUAACGUCUAGAUUAUUUGGAUAUCUAAGAGAACUGAAGCAUUUCGUGCAACAGCUUGUACCAUUUUGGUAUCAAAAGAUGAAAAACCUUCAUUCUAA